AUGGCUUCGACUCCGAAGCUCACCACUACCAUUUCAUCUUCUCCAUCUCUUCAAUUCCUCUGCAGAAAACUCCCAAUCGCAGUUUCUCACCCACCAUCAUCGUCUUCCUUUAGCUUUCUCUCGCUCCCUAAAACCCUAUCCUCUUUAUAUUCCCUGCGUCCCCGCGUCGCCUUCGUCUCAAACCACCGGUAUUACCACCACUCUCGCCGAUUCUCCGUUCGUGCCAGUAACGACAACGGAGCUGACUCAGAGCGCAGCUACGAUUUCGAUCUCUUCACUAUCGGCGCAGGCAGCGGCGGCGUCCGCGCCUCUCGAUUCGCCACGAGCUUCGGAGCAUCCGCCGCCGUUUGCGAGCUCCCUUUCUCCACCAUCUCUUCAGAGACCGCCGGAGGCGUCGGAGGAACAUGUGUACUUAGAGGAUGUGUUCCAAAGAAGUUGCUCGUGUAUGCAUCCAAAUACUCUCACGAGUUUGAAGACAGUCAAGGAUUUGGAUGGAAGUAUGACUCCGAGCCUUCACAUGAUUGGAGUACGUUGAUUGCUAACAAGAAUGCUGAGCUUCAGCGACUGACUGGUAUUUAUAAGAAUAUACUGAACAAUGCUAAUGUCAAGUUGAUUGAAGGCCGUGGAAAGGUUAUAGACCCACACACUGUUGAUGUAGAUGGGAAGAUCUAUACUACGAGGAACAUUCUGAUUGCAGUUGGUGGACGUCCCUUCGUUCCUGACAUUCCAGGAAGAGAGUUUGCCAUAGAUUCUGAUGCCGCACUUGAUCUGCCUUCCAAGCCUAAGAGAAUUGCAAUAGUUGGUGGUGGCUACAUAGCCCUGGAGUUUGCUGGCAUCUUUAAUGGUCUUAACAGUGAAGUCCAUGUAUUUAUAAGGCAAAAGAAGGUGCUGAGGGGAUUUGAUGAAGACGUGAGGGAUUUUGUUGGAGAGCAGAUGUCUUUAAGAGGUAUUGAGUUUCACACUGAAGAAUCCCCUGAGGCCAUCAUCAAAUCUGGAGAUGGCUCGUUGUCUCUGAAGACGACUAAGGGAACUGUUGAGGGAUUUUCACAUGUUAUGUUUGCAACUGGUCGCAAGCCUAACACAAAGAACUUAGGGUUGGAGGAUGUUGGCGUGAAAUUGGCGAAAAAUGGAGCAAUAGAGGUUGAUGAAUAUUCACGGACAUCUGUUCCAUCCAUCUGGGCUGUUGGGGAUGUCACUGACCGGAUCAAUUUGACUCCAGUUGCCUUGAUGGAAGGAGUUGCGUUGGCUAAAACGUUGUUUCAAAAUGAGCCUUCAAAGCCUGAUUAUAGGGCUGUUCCCUGCGCCGUUUUCUCUCAGCCACCUAUUGGAACGGUUGGUCUAACUGAAGAGCAGGCCAUAGAGCAAUUUGGGGACAUCGAUGUUUACACAUCAAACUUUAAGCCACUAAAGGCCACACUCUCAGGACUUCCGGACCGGGUGUUUAUGAAACUCAUCGUCUGUGCCAACACCAAUAAAGUUCUUGGUGUUCACAUGUGUGGAGAUGAUUCACCAGAAAUCAUUCAGGGAUUUGGGGUUGCAGUAAAAGCUGGCUUAACUAAGGCCGACUUUGAUGCUACAGUGGGUGUUCAUCCCACAGCAGCUGAGGAGUUUGUCACUAUGAGGAGUCCAACCAGGAAAAUCCGCAAAGACUCCUCUGAGGGGAAGGCAAGUUCUGAGGCUAAAACAGCUGCAGGAGUGUAG